AUAUCAUCUAUCCAUCAUCUUCUCCACCACCCCUUUCUCUCUCUAUACAUUCUUCACCUUUAUCAAUGGCAAAUAUCUUUUCAAAUACCCAUAUUACCCUUACCAUCAUCAUUCACUUUCUUCUUUUCUCCACCAUUACAGCUGUAAACAUCACCGAUCUCUUAUCCCCAUUUCCAGAUCUCUCCGAUUUCAAUAAUCUCUUAACCACCACCGCCGUCGCCGGCGAUCUCUCCACCAGAUCCUCCCUCACAAUCCUCGCCGUCCCAAACUCAUACCUCCGUUCAUCCGACCUCUUUCGUCGGUCCUCAUCACCGGUCAAUCUCGCCGAUGUAAUCCGUUACCAUGUCCUUCUCCAAUAUCUAUCAUGGUCGGAAAUCCAAACCAUUCCAACAUCCGGCAAACUAAUCACAACCCUUUACCAAACAACCGGUCGUGCAACCAACAACUUCGGUUCUGUAAACAUAACUAACGACUUCACUAUUCGUUCAACAGAUACCAACUCACAAUCGAAUGCAACAAUCUUAACACUAGUCAAAACCAUUCCUUAUAACUUCACCAUUUUCACAAUCAAUUCAACGCUAAUUCCAUUUGGAUUCGAUCUCACUGCAUCGGAGACACGGCAGUCGUUAGGAAUCAACAUUACUAAAGCAUUAAUCGACGGCCAUGAUUUCAACGUCGCCGCCGCUUUACUCACGGCUUCCGGUGUUGAACAGGAAUUUGAAAUCGAUGAAGGUGGUGCAGGAAUUACUAUCUUUGUUCCGACUGAUGAAGCGUUUUCUAACCUACCGGCGACGGAUAAUUUUCAGUCACUUCCGGCUGAUGAUAAGGCUGUUGUUCUUAAAUUUCAUGUUCUUCAUUCUUAUUACCCACUUGGAUCGCUUGAAUCGAUUGUGAAUCCUGUUCAGCCGACUUUAGCGACGGAGAUGAUGGGUGCUGGUAGCUUUACAUUGAAUAUUUCUCGGGUAAAUGGGUCAGUCACCAUUAAUUCCGGUAUUGUUCAGGCGGCUGUUACAAGAACAGUUCUUGAUCAAAACCCAUUAGCAAUUUUUGGUGUUUCUAAUGUUUUAUUACCAAGAGAGGUUUUUGGUAACAAACCCGUCGCCGGCGGCGGUAGCGGCGGUGGGGAAGAAGAAGAUAAUAGGCAAUCGAAUGCUCAGCCUCCAGAUGUAGCGUUAUCACCGGCGAUUGCGGUGGCGUCGACUUCUUCUUCUCCGGGGAUAGUUGAAGAAAUCCGGUCAGGUGCGGCGGCGACGGUGGCGGCGGAAUGUGGAUGGAUUAUUUGUGUUGUUUGGUUUAUAGGAAUGUAUGGAAUGAUAUACUAUUAAGGAUUUGAAAAUUAAUUAGUGGGUAAUUAAUUAGGUAAUUUAUUAUUUAUUUAAUUAUUAUUAACACAAAAUUAAUUGUAUUUUUGAGGUUUGAAAAAAGUUACCAUUUUCAAGGUUUUU